AUGUCUUUGAAUAAUUUAUCGCCAGAGCUUAAAGUAGAAAUUGUUCUUCACUUGAGCAAUCCUACACUACUUGCUAGAUGUUCGCAUGAAUGGAAUAGCAUCGUAAAUUUACCUUCUACAAAGUCCAGGUGGCUAAUCAAUAGAUAUGGUAAAACUCAUGCAUUAUUUCACGCAGUAAGAAUGAGCAAGCCAUUCAUUAAUCUUGAUGUAGUCGAACAUCUAUUUGUUCAAAAAGUCCAUAUCAGCCGAUACUUUAUUCAGAGAUUGAUGCUCGGAUUUGGUUCGUAUGACAGGAGACUUAUUGAUCUCAAAUUAAAACAGAAGACGAAGCCGCCCGAUUCUGACCGGAUAAGAUCUAUUCAAAACAGAAUCCAGAGUCCGUGGGCAAGCAAUCUUUCCUUUGACGUUUUUAGCCGACUUCUCAAAGAGGGUCAUGAUCGGUUUGACGGAAAUGAUAUUCCGGUGCGUGGAAAUGACAUGGAAUCUUUUUAUUAUCUCUCAGCUUGUCCGUUGGCUAUUAAUCAAGCGAGAACAAAGCUGAGGGAAAACAAAGAGGAUAUCAAGACGUUGAUUCGGAGAUACAAAUUUGCUCCGUUCCCUCCCAGACCAAGAAUUCGAAAGCACAUUCUUGAGAGAAAAGAAGAUGGGAAAAUUGGGCUCAGGCCCUAUUCAGAUACAGAGUCAGAAUUACAUACUGCUAAUUGUGCUGACUACCCAGCCUUGGAUGGGUAUGAAGACGUCAGACAACUAAAUUUCAUUGCUCGAGCGAUACUUAUUUAUCCCAAAUUAGUUAAUGUCUGGAAGAAAAACGGCUAUCAUGAGAUAGUUAAUGAUGUGAAUGACUUGGUGAUGCAAGGAUCGUUACUUAUCCUUUACCCACCAAGUCCUUCCGACGAUUGGGUCAAACCAGGCUUGGAUCAAGUCGUUGAGAAACUGAAUAGUCUGAUGUUGCUUGGGUUCGAACUGACGGAUGCCUUGAGUGGAGACGCUUUGAUCUCAUUCGAGCAUAGAUUAAACGAUAUAGGAGAAAUAUUGCUUGAUGCGUUUGCAGUUGUUCGCAACGUGAGUAAAAGAGAAAUAAUCUCGAUCUGUUUGACAGAGCUGUUGAAUCCCGACAGAAAUCUUAAGCGGCAUGAUUCGCUCGAUUUUAUAGUAAAUCAAAUCGAGAAUCCCGAAGAGGAAAUUUUAUCUGUUUUUAAAAAAUACGAGAUCAUCCGUUCUGUAGAUGAAAAUCUUGCUGCUUUUACUAAGUACAAACUUGGCAAAUAUACAACCAAGAGUCAGUCUAUUUUCCUGCCGUUUACAUGUCUGAAAUACACGCCUAUAAUGUAUCGAUAUAUCGCGGCCAAAUUUGGGGCUCAGUCGAAAGUGGCUAAAUAUUUAAUGAAAGAAGUAACGGCGGUUCGAAUAGCUAUUACUCUAAUGGAGGAAAUUUCAUCUCAACAACUUCCAUCAGACUUAACGAGCUUGCGCUGGCCGGAUUCGAUUACCAUCUUCAAUGAAUAUUACAAAGCAAAAAUCCCUUUAAAAGCAACGUUUUUGCCUUUAUUCGGAAAAUGUCAAAACGACUCGGUAAUUAAGUGUCUAUUUGAGGGAUAUCUGGCAGAUUUGUUCGGACUCAAAGUUGAAUAUCAGCCACUACGCAUAACUCAAAUUCCAGUCUUGAAUACAGUUACACCGUUAAUGCAAGGCGUGUCCAAAAAGAUUAAGAUUAAUAGUAUGAAGGAAUUACAAUUAAAAUGGCGUAAUGUAUUAUUAUUAUACAAGUUAAAGAACAAAGAAGCCAAAAAUUAUAAAUUUAAAGAAGCUCUCCAAGAGUUUACUCAACGUAUAGAUAACUUCACGCAAGAAGAGGAUGCUGCUGGCAUAUUUCAAAGCGGAUGA